AUGCCGACCUCCAACACUUCUUCCCCAGUCAAGCGCCCGGGGCUGGGCCGCCGCGCUGUUUCCUCUCACGCGGUCGUCACGCGCUCCUCCUCCUCAACUACCACCACCACCCAAGGCGAGCUGUCUCACUCUCACUCCUCCAACCCUCAGAAGCUUCCUCAUCGUCCCCAUCGCCCCCAUCUGGUUGGCGGUGGUCAUCGCAAUCACCACCGCAAUCCUUCCUUCGGAAAGAACCUGAACAAGCUACAAAGACACCAGUCCUCCCACCAGAUCGGUACUACCACGGAAGGUUCCGCUCGCGUGCAUCAGCGCAAGAAGUCCGCACCCGCAACACCCGCUGCAAGCCCCCGGGGGCAUCACGUCCGCUGGGAUGGGGUGUUGGACGAACCACACCGCAGCACCGGUUCGAUGAAAAAGAACUACUCGAGCCCGGCUCUCCGACGCAAUACUUCGGCUGUUCUGGGGAAGAAAGCUCUAGUGACCGACCGCCCUCACACGAGUUCUGGGAAAAAGAAGACCGUGGGCUUUGAGCUGGCGGAUUCCGACAACGACGACGCUGACUGGGAAGACACCACUCAGUCACCUGAAAGUACCCGGCGCAGCUCGGUCGCACAGUCGAAGGAGAGUGUGGAGAAUCCUGCCGUGCUGGUGGACCCCCUUACUUUCGUCAAACGCUCCUACCCACAAUUUCCUCGAGCAACCAGUCUUCCAGAGUCAACCAGCAAGAGUUUCGGCGAAGACAACCUAUCCGACGACGAUCAAGACGACGACGACGACGACGACGACGACGACGACGACGACGACGACAACACUCCACAACAGCGUUCUGAAUCUGAGGAAAGACACGAAGACGCGGGCCGCGCUCUCGAUCAUCCCGAUAUUGCCGCUCGCCUGCUAACUCCGUCCCAUUCCGCCAAAGCACCGCCCGCCAUGUCUUCCAUAUCCGCCACGGUGAAGCCGACCGCCGUGGAAUCGCUCUCGCGCAAUGCAUCUCUGACCAACUUGGCGUCCGGGCCUGAUGGUGCACGACGGCCCCUGUCUUCGUCUCACAAUACAUUGGCGCAUACUCCGGGUACUCAGGCCCAGGCGACCUCGUCUUCGAUUGAAGGAGGCGUCUCAAAGUUCAUUAUUAAUAACAAGACUGGACCACAUGCGUUUUCUCGUACCGACUCCGACCCGAAUACUCCAUCGUCCUUCCUACCACACUAUCACCCGCAGACACCACCAUCUCCUCGCGGUACCAGCUCCAGGAAGCUACGAGCCUCCCCACCUUCAAGGCCGCAGGGUGCCGAGCCACAUUCCCGUACGCAGCAAAAACUUUGGUUGCAACGUACUGCGGCGCUCAACACGUCACCGCCUGACAACCAUGGCGUUGCUACAACGGUCUCUCCUUCAGCCAUAGAUCCCGCAUACAUUGCUGUGACGCACGCUCGGCCGGGCGCUGGCCCAUUUGAACCCGGCAGGGCCCUUGUCAACGGGCCUUCCCGCACAGGUGGGGCCGUACAUGACAAUGAAGUCAAGCAUAUCCGCAAAGCGUACGAGAAGACAGCGUUGGAGCUCACGGUUGUGCGAAGGUUCCAGUCUCCCACCGGUGACAGCUUCAACCGGUUGAACAUGAUCCUCAAUGAUCUCAAGGGUGGUGCUGCCAGCUCCAGCGUGGGACAAAGGGCAUCACUUGGCAAGCCGAUCAAGUCAGCACCAGCACUGACCCUCCUGCAAGAAGGCACGGGUCGCCAUAGCGCUAGCCCAGAGCCCAGACAGCUCAUCGGCAAAAGGGAUCACGACAUGCACACCUCAGUCUCCCAGGCCUACCUCCAAGACCCAGACGAUCUUGUGAAUGAAUCCGAUGCAGCCCAGGGACAAAAAUCUCAACACCCGUCCCAUCGCAUACUCUCCACAUCCGACGAACCUGUCCAUGGCAGUUCAGCCCCGGAGGACAUCACCGAAGACACUCUUCGUGCUAAUGAAGCGGAGAUGAUGAUCCGUCGCAUGUGGGAUAGUCGCGAAGUGGCCACCGCCGGCUAA